AUGUCUGGCAAAAAUUCCAAGGCCGAGAAAUUAGGCGUUUGGGGGCUUCUCAAAGAAGUGUUCAAUUGGUAUCCGUCUGAUUAUCCGGCCAAUGAGCGAAAGUUGCUCUUCAAACUCGAUUUGUCUAUUCUCGUGUUCGCCUGUCUUUGCUACCAAACCAACAUCAGCAAUGCCUAUGUCAGUGGACUGAAAGAAGACUUCAAUCUCAAUGGCAAUCAACUCAACUAUUUCAACGUGUGCUAUUAUACCGCCUAUGUGGUCUUCCAAGUGCCGGGCCUACUAUUAAUGUCUCGUCCCAAAUUAGCUCGAUGGCUGCUCCCAUCCCUCGAGAUUGUCUGGGGUAUUUGUACCUUUGCACAAAGCCGAGUAACAAACGUCAGUCAGCUUUAUGCCCUUCGCUUUCUCGUUGGCAUGUUUGAAGCGCCUGUGUUUGCUGGGACACACUUUAUUCUGGGCUCCUGGUACUCGGGACCCGAGCUAUUCAAACGCGCCGGAACAUGGUUCAUCUGCAACGCACUUGGAACCAUGGUUAGCGGGUAUCUCCAAGCCGCAGCGUACACCAAUCUAUCCGGAGUGGCAGGUAUGCCGGGAUGGAAGUGGCUAUUCAUUAUCGACGGAAUAUUCACCAUCCCCGUCGCCAUAAUAGGGUUCUUCGUCUUCCCCGGAAUACCAGACUCACCUCGGCCAUUUUUCUUAUCAGACGGUGAUAUCGCCCUGGCCAAAGACCGAGCGCGGAGAGCCAACAUUCGUCGACCUGGGAAAAUGGGCAUCGAUGUAUUCAAACGCACGGUCAAGCGUUGGCAUAUUUGGGUCUUCAUCUCCUGCUAUGCGUGCAUGAUUAUGGCGUCUUAUCCAACUUCGUAUAUGAACCUCUGGCUCGAGGCGGAAGGGUACUCCGUGCCACAGGUGAAUAAGUUACCGACCGUGACCUAUGCCAUUAAUAUUGUUGCCUCCUGGUUGGGAACGACACUUGCCGCGAUCUAUCCGUCUUGGCUGAUCUACACUAUUGCUUCGGCUUGCUGUUUAUUCUCCACUCUGUGCAUGAUCAUUUGGAACAUCCCCAAGCCUCUGAAGUUCGUCGCAUGGUACCUCUUCGGCGCAGCAGGAUGUACAAGUCCAAUUCUCUACUCUACCGUGAAUACUAUCGUAAAGGACGAUUCCGAGGAGCGUGCCCUGAUCAUGGGCGCAAUGAUGACAUUCGGCUACUCAUUCCAAAUCUGGGUUCCUCUGCUUCUCUAUCCCACUGCUGGUCCCGAUGGUGCACCGCGAUGGCGGAAGGGGUGGCCCGCAGCCUUUGCAUUUUUCUUUUUGCUCUGGGCAGGGUUUGUUGCGGCUACUUUAAUACAUAAAAGGUGGGAAAACAUUCCGGCUUGAGUAUCAUUGCUAAUGAAGAUGCAGGGAACAGAAACGGAAAGGAACAUAUUCAGUGUCGUCAGAUGAGAGCGUCACUGAAGAUGGGGAGCCGAUUGUUGUGGAGGUGGAUUCGAAUAGAAAGGGUGGGAACUUGACGGUGAAUCAAAUGUAAGGUGG